CAUGCACAAUACACAUCUCCUCACUUCCAAACAACUUGCUAAACUGCAUUUCAUUGUAUCCAUGGCUUUUCUGCUUGCUUCUUCAAGUGUUCCGAUGUUAUUAAUGUUCUUGGUCUCUUUUACAGUCAGUUCUUUGAUGGGGUCAUCUCUUGGUAACUUCUACCAAAACUUUGAUAUUACAUGGGGAGAUGGCCGUGCUAAGAUACUCAACAAUGGUGAGCUUCUUACUCUCAAUCUUGACAAAGCUUCUGGCUCAGGAUUCCAAUCCAAGAACGAGUAUUUAUUUGGAAAGAUUGAUAUGCAACUCAAGCUUGUCCCUGGCAACUCCGCUGGCACUGUAACUGCCUAUUAUUUGUCAUCAAAAGGGUCAACAUGGGAUGAGAUAGACUUCGAGUUCUUGGGGAACUUGAGUGGCGAUCCUUACAUUCUCCAUACCAAUGUGUUUAGCCAAGGCAAAGGCAACAGGGAGCAACAAUUUUACCUCUGGUUUGAUCCAACUACUGAUUUCCACACCUACUCCAUCCUCUGGAACCCACAAAGAAUCAUUUUCUCUGUAGAUGGCACCCCUAUUAGAGAAUUCAAGAACAUGGAAUCAAGAGGUGUUCCAUUCCCAAAGAAUCAGCCAAUGAGAAUUUACUCUAGUUUAUGGAAUGCAGAUGACUGGGCUACAAGAGGUGGCUUAGUGAAGACUGAUUGGUCAAAAGCUCCUUUCACUGCUUCUUAUAAGAACUUCAAUGCUAAGGAUGCUUGUGUCUGGUCCAAUGGUGCAUCUUCUUGUGGUACAAAUUCCUCUGCUGCUGCAGCCUCCUCCACCACCAACGCUUGGCUUUCAGAAGAGCUUGGUUCAACAAGUCAAGAGAGGCUAGAAUGGGUCAAAAAAAACUACAUGAUAUACAAUUACUGCACAGACGCUAAGAGGUUUCCUCAAGGACUUCCUCCAGAAUGCAGCGCUUCUUAAAAGGAAGGAGAUACAGUCACACAGCAGGACAUAGAUUAUAAUACUUAAAUUCUUUCAUUAUUUUUUUUCCUCAUGCAAAUUAGAGAUCAAUGUAUGUAUGAAUGUACGAUUUUUUUUAUUGAAAUGUUUUCUAAUAAUAUGUGUUGAAUUAAACAAGUUAUAUUAUAUUA